GAUUGGGAAGUGAGAGUGAGUUGAUGAGGUAGCAGUUAGUUGGGGUGUUAUUGGGGGACAUAUAGUCAUUGAGUCUCAGCAAGAAGGAAGCAGGCCUGCCGCCCCUGCCCCUCCCGUGAGAAUCCCGAUUCUUGAGGCCUUCCGCGGCCGGAGGGGAGCGGGGGCGGGUCUCUGGGUCUUCUUUAUUCUUCCCCUCUGCACUUCACUCUGCACCAGUUCCUCUUCCCCAUGAGUAGCUGGGUGCAGAGCGUGAGGAGCGCCAGGCAUCGCAGUGGAUCGGAAUCCGGGGAGGGUCGGACCGUCUGACCCCCCACGUCCAGGUGAGCCACCACGCGGCCGGCAACUUCCAGCACAACCGAGGCCAAGGCCAGGCAGUAGGACCAGAAAGGUUGCCUGAAUGGGGGGUCCCCUGAUGUGGGCGCUCUUGUUGCCGCUGCUGCUGCACCAGGCAGGCAGCCAGACGUCGUCGUGCAGCGUGGUUUCGGGGUACAUGGACUGGACCACGGAAUACUCUGACACUUGCCUCAACUUCAGCGGCAAAAUCCUGACCCAGCUACCUCAGAACCAGUCUCUGCAGGCCAGAUCCUUGCAGCUCCUCGACCUGUCUGCAAACGGCCUUCAGCGGCUCCCGUGGUCCUUCUUCAGGGACCUGGAGAAGCUGCAGUUGCUGAUUGUGACCAACAACUCCUUGGACUUCGUGGACAGGGCGCUGGCCAAGCGCUGCGGCCUCGACCUUCUGGCUGACUGCAGCUGUGCCCUGUUAGACUGGCACACAGAUCGGCAGGACAACUGCUCUGGCCCAGAGCUUCCAAGGUGCCUGGAUGUGCCCACCGGUGCCUGGCACAACCUCUCUGUCUUCUUGGACGUGAGCUGCCCCUCUGGCCUGACCAAGAUAGCCAUUGGCGCCCUGGCGGCCAGCGGAAGCCUGCUCCUUGUGCUUGCCAUUGCUGGCCCAGUGCUGGCCUGGAGAUUCUGUAGACAUCGGAUGGGCCAGAACCUGAGCAAAACCUUGGCUGCUCAGGAUGGCUCCAGGUCUGGCUCGGGCAGGCAGCCAAGGUACAGUAGCCAAGGCCGCAGGCCUAAGCCCCCAGCCAACACCCCGCCCAGAUCUUCCACCCCUGACUACGAGAACAUGUUCGUGGGCCCACCGGCUGCCAGACACCAGUGGGAUGAACACAGGUCUCCCCCUUCAGAGGGCGGCGACUUCUACAUGACCUAUGACAGCCUCCAGCAUGAAUCCCAGCCUGUCUACUGCAACCUGCAGUCGCUGAGCCAGGUCCCAUUGGAUGACGAGGAGUAUGUGGUCCCUGGGCGCUGAGCAACAUCUUCACCAUCUCAAACUCCAGCCUGUCCCCUUCCAGGUGAUGGGGCAUUCUGGCUCCUCCCUGGCUUCAGUCCUCCCGUCUGAGGAAUGGGACCAGAGGAGGGUCAUCCUUGAGGCCCCAGAGCGGCUCUGGAGCCCCAUCCCUAGCCCACUCUGCCCCCUCAGGCCACUCGGCUGCUAGAACGGGAGGAGAGACCCCAAUGUGGAUGGGGAUGGGAGAGUCAAUGUGUGAACUCUGUUGGCAUUCCCUGUCAGCGUGCAAGCAUGGCCCAAAUAAAUUCUUCAGGACAGAC